GCUAGCAUCAGUCAUAUGUUUACCUCUUAAUGAGAUCCGAUAAAAACAAAGUAUACAAAGUCUUUUAAAAGCUAUACCAAAGUAUAAACAACCAAUAAAACAAAAGUUUAACAAAAUGACAGCAACAAAACCAUUAGAAAUACCUUUACCUCUGUACAUAAAAAAAGAAAAGGACGAAAAAAUAUCAUCCGAUGAAAGUGAUGAUACAGAUACCGACAACAGUGAUAGUACAUCAUCCUCACUAUUAUUGCAGCCUUCUAUUUUGCAAAAAGAUUGUCUCAGUACAGUUGAUCUCAACGAUUUCCUUCGUUUGACAUCAAUGGUAAGGCGUGUUUACUUUUCAUAUUUACACAAAUCAAUUAUAAACAAUUACAACGUGUGCUGCUCUUCAAUAAAAGGUGAGAAAGAUAUAUCACGUGGUGAUUUGAAAAAAUUUUCAAGUCUUUUGGAACUUAAUGCAGUUCGCGCCUCUAUUGAAACGUCACUUUAUCGCCAAGCGAUUUUGAAAAUAAUAACAGACGUCAAAAACGAUACUUUGAAUAAUAAAAUUCAUAAUAAACUAGCAGUUUAUCUUGAUACCCCGCCUAAAACAGUUGAUGUUGCUGUACAAACUUGUUUUGAAGACGAAAUAAUUAAAAAUAAUUUGAAUUUUUCAAAAAAUACCGCCAAUGUCACGAACAAUUUAAAUAAACAAGAUAAUAAUGACAGCUGUCAAUUUUUUGACAGUCGAUUAUCAGAAGAAUUAAAAAUUAAUGAUUUAAAGUCAACUGGUAGUGAGCAAAGGGUUGAACAAGACGGCGAAUUUGAAAAACAAGAUGGCGGAUUUGAAAAUAAAGAUGAAGGUAUGGAAUCAAAAAAUGAUAUUAAUGAGAUAGAAGAUAAAAUAAAUAAAAAUAUAAUUGAUGUUUUUGGUAACUCUGUAAGUAAUGGCGAUGAUAAUAUCGGUGAUGACGACACGACCUGUCAGGAUAUUGAAAAUAUUGAUGAAGAUACUCACGAUACUUUAGUUCAGCAUUUAGAGAGCAUGUUUUGUGAAAGUGAUGACAGUAGUGAUCUAAUGGCAUUAAUUGAAAAACAUUCGGGUGUUAGUAAGUCGAGUAUUGACAUGGAAGUUAAUAAAUUAAUUAAAACAAAUAGUAGCAGCAAUAGUAAUAUUAAUAAUAGUAGUAAUUUAAAUAUAAAUAUUAAUGGUAGUAGUAAUAAAUUAGACAGAAAUAAAGUUAAAAAAAAAGAAUUGGAGGUUAACGAAGCCGGUAAACGCAAAGUAUCGUUCAUUGAAUAUCAAAAAAUGAAAAAGCGAUCGCUGGAUGACAGUAAUAGAGUUGAAGACAAGCAGACGAAAAAAAUGAGAGGAGUUUGGCUGGUGGAGAGGAUCCAUCAGGUAUCGAAGUUGAGGGCCAAGAUGCUGGAGCUGUCGGUGAGGAACUACAGGAAACACGGAAGGCUGAGGGAUAAAUUUCAGGAAUUGUUUGGAGAUGAUGAUGAGGAUGAAAUGAUGCCAGAGUCCCCGGUUCAUAUCGAAGAGCAUUUGAAUGCUUGCAAAGAACGCAUUGCACCCUGGGUUGUUAAAUACUUGAUGCCGUAUUAUGAAAAGAAAAUAAAUGGCAAUAAACUGUUGUUUAAAAUCGUUGCCAAACAUGUUUCGGAUAAACUUAUUUUAGAAAAUACUUUUCCUGAGGAAGAAUGCGUCAAUAAAUAUAUAAAAAAUUAUUUUAAAAACAAAUCAUGUAUCAAAACAGAAGCUGAUAUUUAUAUCUAGAUUUAUUAUUAACGAUAAGUCAGUAGAAAAUUUAUAAAUAAACUAGAUUAAUUUUUUUCAAUCUAUUAUUGAAAUUAAAUUUUUUUUUGCUCAGUAUUAUCACCAACAGCUUUUUGUUUUAACGUUUUUUUUUAUUUUAACUCUGUACAAAGUCAUUAAUUUACAAAACGUUA